AUGUUCACCGGCCAGCGCCUACAGGGUAGCGAGGACUGUCUGUUUCUCAAUGUAUAUACGAAGUCUCUUCUACAAGAUUCCAAACUGCCCGUUAUGGUGUUUAUUCACGGCGGUGGAUUCAUGUCAGGGUCGGGCGAUGCGGACAUGUACGGACCGCAGUUCCUGUUGCAGCAUGACGUCGUCCUCGUCACCAUAAACUACAGGCUGGAGAUGCUCGGCUUCUUGUGUCUGGACAGCGCCGAGGUCCCGGGCAAUGCGGGCAUGAAGGACCAGGUCGCCGCGCUACGCUGGGUGCGGGACAACAUCGAUCGUUUCGGCGGCGACCCCGACAACAUCACGUUGUUCGGCGAGAGCGCCGGAGCGGCGUCGGUGACGUACCACAUGCUGUCGCCCAUGUCCGCCGGCCUGUUCCACAGGGCGAUAGCGCAGAGUGGGGUCUGCAUAGCCGACUGGGCGAGAGGCACCGAUGGAAAGGAGAGGGCCAUGAGGGCGGCCAAGUUGCUGGGCCACAACGGCGCCGACUCGAGCGCCCUACUCGAUUUUUUACAACAUGUACCUGUCGAGAAACUCGUCAAAAUGACAAUCAAAACGAUGACAGACGACGAGAGGCACCGCGGCCUGCCGAUUCACUUCGCACCGGUUAUUGAGAAACGGUUCCACGAUACCGAAGCGUUCCUGACGACAGAUCCUCUGGACUCGCUGUUAUCGGGCGACUUCAAUAAGGUGCCUCUGAUAGCGGGCUACAACUCGGUCGAGGGUCUCGUAUCCGUUCAAUAUCAAGCUAAAAAGAUUGAUAUUCUUAAUGAAAAUCCAUCUUAUUUCCUUCCCAGAGAAGUAGCUCGGAGAGUCCCCGCGAACACGUCGACGGCGCUCGGGAAUCGAGUUAAAAAGUUUUAUUCGGGCGAGCGCGACUUGGGAGCGGACGACGUAGAGACUCUGGCGGCCAUCCUCUCCGACGUGCACUUCGUGUACAACUGCCACCGACUGAGCCGGCUGGCGGCCGCGCGUUCCCCCGUCUAUAUGUACCGCUUCGAAUGUGACACGCACUUAAACGUCAUGAAACGGCUGCUGGGGCUCUCGGCCGUGCGCGGCGCUUGCCACGCCGACGACAUCUUCUAUUUGUUCAGCAAUGCGGCUAACGAAACCAGCUACGAGGAGGACAACGAGUCGCGUUCUUUGGUCUACACCAUCACUAAAUUAUGGACAGAUUUUGCUAAAACUGGUGAGCCCACACCGGACGGUUCGCCGCUCAAAAGAUGGCCGGCGCUGAGCGCGGACUUCGCGCGCGGUCCGUACGUGAUCGCCAACACCGACAAAGUCGCCGACACCGACACCGACACCGACACCGACACCGACACCGACACCGACACCGACACCGACGCCGAUACCGAGAGCCGUCGCGUUCGAUUUUGGAACAAGCUGUACAAGGAUGCCGGCCUACCUUUUAUCGCCAACAGCAAUUUGUAGCAAUGAAAGUUCAAGUUGACGUAAAAUGCAUGCAUCAUA